AUGUUCCGCGAUGAGACAGUCAAGGUCCGGAAGAAGUUUGAGGAAACCGGGACAUCGUCUACCACAUUACCUUCGUCCGCUGCGUCUGCCACUGGAUCUUCAUCUCCGGAGGCGGGGGCGGAUUUCAUUAAAUCCGAGACUGGAACGGAAGAUUCAGACGCAGCCUUGUCUGCCAUUGAUAAACCCGGCAAAAAUGCAAGCCAGAUUCCCACGGCACAGGGCAGCAAGGAGCUGACUACCAUCCGGGGCUCCAACGCCGAUGGAUCACUUACUCUUAGUGAGGCAUUGGCAGCAUUCGGCGGUACUCUGGGGAACGACGGUAGCCCCAUGGCCUCCGGAAAAGGCCGCCCGCUUUCUAUACCACGGAAACAACAGCGGAGGCAACAGGGGGCCACCACAUCCCUGCCACCCGAGGUGUCCCCGACUCCAGCAGUGACCGUCAACCUCUCGGUCGAAGCUCAGUCUGCUCUUGUGAAGACCAUGCUGAAGGGGCCCAACCCAACUCUCUUUGAUCGCGGCUUGCAAUUCUACUUGGAUCACUACCUGUACGGACAUCCUGAAUCACCACCAAAAUCAGGAGUAAUAGAAGUCGACACGCCAUGGAUUCUCGACCCAGCAACUCGCACGAUUGCAGCUGCCGUGGGAAUGGCUGGCAUAGCAAACUUGAAAGGCGACGACCAGAUUCAAAUGUUGGCCAGAGACAAUUAUGGGAUUGGCCUUAAAAUGACGGCAAUGACGAUCGACAAGCCGGGCCUCGAUACACUGAAUCACGUCAUGCGCAGUAUUGUUUUGCUGGCCAUGUUUGAGAUUGUUCGGGGUGCCAACCAGUCGUUUGGCAGCGCCAAUAUUCAUGUCAUGGGAGCGGCUGCCCUUAUGCGUCACUUCCUUCCUAUCCUUCCCACAUCAUUGCAUCCCUACCGGGGCCUGAUCCAAAUAUCAUGCUCUCUUCUAAUUUCCUGCCAAGCCGCUCACAUUGAUGUGCCGCCUGUGUUCGCCGAAUACAUCGCGAAUACAUACCGAAAGAAACCGGUAGACGAUCAGAUCAUGUCUAAACUGCUUCUGACGCUCAUCGAAUUUAUCAAUUUGUCUGCCUUCAUUCACCGUCAAGUCCUCAGUGACAGACGCUCUGAUAUGGUGGACCACGUCGUCCACGCACUGCAACUGGACGCGCGCCUCAUUGCAUGGGAACUCAACAUCACAGAAAAGAAGGGCAUCUGGAAGUACGAAGAGUGCGAAACGCCAAAACUGCCACCCGAGGCGGUCUACAAAGGGCGGUUCCACCGCUACUCGGAUAUCUCGACUGCUCGGAUUUGGAGCUACUACAGGUGGGCGCGCAUCCUGCUCAACGAAAUGCUUCUGGAAUUUAUCGAAAAAUGCCCCAACUCGGUGGCAGCCGGCCUCGCCAGGCUCAAAAUGGACACGGCAAGUGCAUCCUCGGCCAAGGCUGGAAGCGCUGUGAUCGGUGCCGACACGCGAGAUACCGACACCGAGGCGACGGAAAAGCUUCGCCGGAGAGCAUUGACGACGAUUAAAAAGUGUGCCGAGGAUAUCUUUGUAAGCACGCCGGUGUACUGGCGUCACCCAAGCAUCCCCCUCAAAGAAUACGACCCGAUCGCGACGCCCCCGACGGUGUACGGACAAAAUGGCGGUACGGGCGUGGCCACGCUCAUGCCGACGCUGUUCCACCUCGAUGUGGCGGCCCGUGCGCCCGGCGUUUCUGAAAAAGACUUUGACUGGGCUCUGGCCGUGAUCGAUACGGUGUGGGCGUAUCUUGGCUUGCGGCAGGCGCGGACCCUUGCGGACAAGAUGCGGCUCCAUCGCGAGACUAUGAAACGCAAGGCCAUGGGGCUGAAUGGAAUGCUGCUGCUGACGACACAUGAAGACGUGGAUAUUCCUGCAUGA